AUGCCGUUGUUCGGAAUUGACAGAAUGCUAUCCACCGAUCGGACGAGGUUUGGUUCUCGUUCGGACACAAUAUCAUGGAAAGAGGAAUAUGCGUUAUUUGAACGAGGAAUGCGGGAGUUUAGAAGCCUAACAGAAGUUUUUAAAUCAACGACAAGAUUUGCCAGUCUACUUGGAGAUGCUAUGUCAAUAUCAGAAUUACUGGUUGCGUACAAGCUCAGCUCACGUUUGUGUGAGAAAAUUGUGGAAAAAAUCGUCAGCAAAUCAACGGGCAUCCAAUCAAAGAAUACAACUGCAAACUUGGAUGAUCAGACGGACCCUAGAAAUGCGAAAAUAAAGCUUUAUCGUUUUGGUUGUUAUGAACUCAUGAUCUUUGAAACGCAAGUCAAGUCAAGUCAAUUAAAAGAGAGGCUUUUACACUUGAGAGGCGAAACCCCACUCUCCAGAGAGGAAGAGCCCAUUUUAAAUGCGAUGCAGAAGGAAAAUUGCCCUCCAGCCGACCCUUCACAGAAGAAGUGGCGUGAAGAAGUUCCCGCGAAGAUACCCGACAAUCCAGGUCAGGAUCGAGAAGACACAGUGGAUAUGAGUGAUCCGAACAGGCUGUGCUGCAAGCUGGAAGAUCAGGAA